AUUCAGUGUGUAAAAUUAUAAUGCAAUAUAAAAUCUACCAAUUGUGUCAAUGUAACCGAUAAUACCUUAAUACUAUAAUUUGAUUAAGGAUAUACAAGUUGCAAUAGUUAAUUCUUCCUAGUUUUACUGUGUUGUGUGUAAAAUGUAUUCCUUAAUUAUACUGCUUUUAACGUGCGAUACAUUAUUAAACGUUUUAGGAUCCCAUAAGUUUGGUUCAAACCAUACGAGGCAUCGAAUUCGUGACUACAUUGAGGAAACCAGCUUGUCGCUUAGGGACAUUUUACCUUUAAAACCGAAACACUACGAUAAAAAUCGAGCACCGAGGUCUCAAGGCGGCCAACCUACUAUAGUUUACUUCCAUGUCACUGUUUUGUCUAUCGAUUCUAUAAACGAAGAAUCUAUGACAUAUGUUACAGACAUAUUCCUGGCUCAAAGUUGGAGGGAUCCAAGACUGCGUCUUCCUGAAAACAUGAGCGAAGAAUACAGGAUAUUGGACGUGGAAUGGUUGCAUAACAUUUGGAGACCUGAUUGCUUCUUUAAAAAUGCGAAAAGCGUCACUUUCCACGAAAUGACAAUACCUAAUCAUUACUUAUGGCUAUAUCAUGAUAAAACAUUAUUGUACAUGUCCAAGUUGACUUUAGUUUUAUCUUGUGCAAUGAAAUUCGAAACCUAUCCACAUGACACCCAAAUUUGUUCGAUGAUGAUCGAGAGCUUAUCGCACACUGAUCAUGAUUUGGUGUUUAUUUGGAACAUGACGGAUCCUUUGGUAGUGAAUCCUGAUAUUGAGUUGCCGCAAUUGGAUAUUUCCAAUAAUUUCACAACUGAUUGUACCAUAGAAUAUUCAACAGGAAACUUUACGUGUUUGGCAGUAGUCUUUAAUUUGAGAAGAAGACUCGGCUAUCAUUUAUUUCACACCUACAUACCUUCAGCGUUGAUUGUUGUGAUGUCAUGGAUUUCGUUUUGGAUCAAACCCGAAGCGAUACCAGCACGAGUUACUCUCGGUGUGACAUCGUUACUGACGUUAGCUACACAAAACACUCAAUCGCAGCAAUCUUUACCUCCGGUAUCUUACGUUAAAGCGAUUGACGUGUGGAUGUCUAGCUGCUCAGUCUUCGUAUUUAUGUCGCUGAUGGAAUUUGCUGUGGUUAAUAAUUACAUGGGCCCGACUGCAACGAAGGCAAUGAAAGGAUAUUCCGAUGAAGAUAUUACUUCGGAAAUUAACGAUUAUAAAGGAAUGGAGAGGCCACGUUUCAGUUCGUCGAGCCAACCUCAGUACGACACUUUUUGCGAUGGAAAAAGCAUCGCUUUGUGCAUUGACCAAUUCUCAAGGUUCUUCUUCCCGUUUUCGUUUCUAAUUCUAAACGUCGUGUACUGGUCCACGUUCCUUUGACGGGGUAAAGAAUAGAAUUUUCGAAGCUAGCACAAUUUUCAAAUUUUAGUUCAUUUUGAUUUUUUAUUAACACAUACUAAUACUUAAUUGUAUGUUAGUUGCGUCAGUGGAAAUAAAAG